AUGAACAAUACAAAUAAAUGCAAAAUUAUCUUACUUACAGGUUAUUUAGGCUCUGGCAAAACUACACUACUACAAUAUAUCCUAAAGGUGUAGAAUCUUUAUCAGGUGGCUGUAAUUUAGAAUGAAUUUUCUGAUGAAAUGGGAAUUGAAGCACCUUUGAUGGUAGAUAAUAAUGGCGAUAUAUUUGAUUCAUUUUUCGAAUUGCCCAAUGGUUGCAUAUGUUGUUCUGCAAAAGGAUAAAUGAUGACAGCCAUUCAAUAUUUUAUUGAGAAGAAACCAAAUAUCCAAUUCAUAAUCAUUGAAUCAAAUGGUUUAGCUGAUCCAUCAAGUUUAAUUAAAGAGCUAUGGGCUGAUUAAGGAUUGAACUUACCAGCAGAAUUAGCAACCAUAGUAGGUUUGAUUCCAUCACACAAAUUUAAGACACUUUAUGAAUUAGAAAUUUUUAGAAAAUAAAUAAUUCAUGCCGAUUUAUUGUUGUUAAAUUUUUAAGACUUAUGUUAAGAGGACGAUAUAAUCUUAAUAGAGAAGCAAUUAAAAAUAAUCAACCCUAAUGGCAAAUUGCUGAAAUCUGUGAGAGCACAAAUUGAUAUUCAAAGUAUUUUUGAGGCAGAAAAAGCAGACAAUAAAAUAUUCGAUUAGGAGCAUAUUCAUUUUGAGGAGGUUGGAAACAUAGCCAAAAUAUUCUUAAAUAUAGAUACUCCAAAUAUUACUCAAUAAGAGUGGAAUAUUAAAAUUGGGUAGAUGUUGUGGGAAGAAGACUUGAAAAUCAUGAGAAUUAAAGGAUUGUUAUUCUGUAAAGAUGAAUAAGUUAUGUAUUCAUUACAGGGAGUUGAAGAUAUCUUUGAAAUAACCCCAACUAAUUUACCAAUAUCAAAUCAACAAUCGAUUAGUAAAAUUCUGAUUAUUGGACAAAAAAUAACUGAAGAACUGAUUAAAAAUAUUAUUCUUAGUCAUUGA